AUGGGUAUGAUCAACCGUUUCCUGUCCACCACCGACACCGCUGCAUGGGCCCCGUGGCUGGUCCUCGGCGCCAUGGCCCUCUACAUAGUGGGCUACGUGGACGCCGGAGUGCACGCUGCUGCCGUCGGUUCGCCCGGCGUCCUGGGCACCGUUCACGAGUUCUUCCACCACGCCCGCCACGUUGCCUUCAUGUGCCAUUAG